AUGUCUGGCGUAACUAGUUUACCAACAGCAAAGUCAAGUUCUUUUAUAACCUACAGGUUGAAUAAAUACUCUGUCGGUUCUUCUGGUACCACAAACAAAAUCAGAGAGCAGCUAGGUUUCAGAGAUGAUAUUAUAUGGAGGAGAUUCUCGAAUCGAAGACUCGAACUUAUUGACAAAUUUAACUUAAGCCACUUUAAAGCGAGCGAACAGGAUCAAAAUAUAAGACGGAUCGCCGCCAUGCUUAGAGAGGAGUUUGGAUAUCCAGAAUCAACCUCAAAUGAGUUCGAGAAAUUGGUUACAGCAGCUGUUCAGUCAGUUAGAAGAAAUAGAAAGCGCGCUAUGAGAAAGAGAGCUGCUGCCUUUAAAGCAGCCACAUUAAAUGGCAAUCACUUCAAUAUGCCUUACUUUACGUCUCCAUCUGCUAACGACCCAAUUUGGAAUAAUGCGCUUAAUUAUGCAGCCGCAGAUCCUUUUGUUCCCAAUAAUUUCUCCGUUUUGUCCCAAAGUCCGCCUGGCGGUUUGGCUGUUUAUCCGUUGGGAUAUCAAUCCUAUUUGCCUUCUAAUAUGGUAGAACAACCAUAUAAUAUUAAUGCAUUGCAGUCAACGAAUCGGCUUCCGCAAAAAAUGUUCAAUGAAAAUCCCAAUUAUCAAUUUAUUAAUCACAGAUAUGAUUUCACAAAUUUUCCUCCAAUGAAUGGCAUGAAAGAGAGUAUCACUUCAACGCAAAUUCCCUUGGCCUUUUCAGUCAACAUACCGGGAAUUCCCACCAAUCCUACAGCGUGUGGAGGACAAGGUUAUGAUGGUAUUAUUAGAAGAGCAAUGUCAGAUGUUAUGAAUGCAUAUUUUCUACUAUCUGGUCCAGGUAGAAAAUGUGACGAGGAAACAGUAGUAAGAGAGCGAGUUUGCCAUAGUAUGAAGAAUUCGAAACAGUGUCAUAAUAUUUUGAAUUCAGCGGAGCCUUUGAAACAUUUUGAGCAUUUGAGAGUUCUUGGCGAAACGGCAAUAAAGAAGUCAGCGGCAGAAGUAAUGAAAAGGCAUUUUCAAACUGGGGUAAAUCCUUCAAUAGAACCUAUUUUAACGAAAACAGGCUCUUCCACAUGGAUCUCUAACUUAUCCUUGAAGCUGUUUUCGCCAGUAGUGAGGAUGGACUUAUCGCAAUUUCCAAUGUUCGAAGUCCAAAUUGAACUCUUAUAUUUGUCUCUUGGUUGUAUUGUACAUGAUUUUGGAUAUGACGAUCCAUAUAUUGCACUAAACAACUUAAUUUAUAAUGAGUUGAAAGAUGUUUACACAAUACACGAAAAUAAUAACACUGACGGGAACAGCAUCUCCUGUAAGAUUAUAAAGGCGGCAUACAAUGGUGACAACAAAGAGUUUAACUUUUCCUUCUCCAAAAACAGACCGUUAACAAUAGUAGAUGUUCUAGAAAGGUUCCAAUCUCUGUUCGGGAUGAGACCUAGCAAUAUUAAUCAUUUGGCUAUGUAUUAUCAGAAUAAAAUUGUCUUGGAUGAUUUUAUUUUGUCCGAAAUUUUGAAGGCCGAUACUGAGAGUACGUUGAGUAUUGAAAUAAUUGAUUUAAAUAAGGAACCAGUGCUGGAAUCACAAAUGCCAGUAGGGGAAAAAAUUUAUUCUUACAGCUCCCUAUCGUCAACAGCUCCGAGUAAGAUUGCAAAAAAAAUAACAAUUCAGAGGACACGCCGAAAGGAGCCACAGUGUCGCUGCCACCGAUCGCGAAUUAUUCAUCGUCUAAAUCUUUUGUAA